AUGCCUGCCAGAAAAAAAGUAUCCGUUGAAUCGUCUUCCACAUCCACGUCCGUUCAACUUCCGAAUGAUACCUCCACAUCUUCCCGCAAUUCCUCUUCUAAAACUCCUUCAAAAACAAAAACAAGUCCGACAAUCAACCUAGUCUUCUCCAAGAAGUAUACCUACCCGAUAAAUCGCCGUGGAGCCGAUUACAAAAAACUCUCGAAAUUUAUCGCAGAGGCCCUACGAUACAUAAAUACUUUUAAUUACCCGUAUGAAAUGUUUUAUGAUUUAGAUGGGAAGGAAUAUGCGUUUAAGUCGAGUACCGAUGACACCAUGAAAAUACUGAAAGACAUCCUUGAGGGUGAUGAUGGACAGCGCGUCGAUACUGUUUACAUUUUGGCAGAACGCAAGGUCGGAAUUCAAACGUUUUUCGCAUAUAACAUGGAUUUUAUAGUGUUCAUAAUAUUCUUAUGCAACUUGUCAUGGUUCAUUCUUGUGGGAACGCAAGAGACAAAGAUGGCAUCAAUCGUCAUAGGGGUUGGGUUGGGCCUUUGGUUGUACUGGAAAUAUUUGAGAUAG